AUGACUCAAUCAAAACCAAAAUUUCUCAUAGCCUAUUGGAAACAUCGAGAACUUAUUGAACCAUUUCGUUUGUUGUUAAAAUAUCGAAAUGAACCAUUUGAAGAUGAAGUUUAUAAUGGAUGGCUUGUAACUGAUAAUGAACCAACUGUAGCUGAUUUUGUUGCAUUUGAAUAUAUUGAUCAACGUCUAGUAUUAGCUCCUAAUGCACUAGACGAGUUUCUUUUAUUAACUCGUUACAUGCAACAAUUUCGACAAAUUCCAACAUUAUCUAAAUAUUUACAAGAUGAACAUGAUCUACGACCAAUCAAUGGAAAAAUGGCACAUUUUGGAAGUCAUGUAGUAGAUUAUCGUUAG